AUGUCGAACGACGGAUACUACUGGAACAACCAACAGCCGCCGGCCCCUCACGGAGAGUACGGCUACGGUGACAACAACAACCACCACCCACAAGGAUACCAACAGUGGCAGUCUCCUGGGAGUCAGGGCCAGCCUACGUACCAGCAAGGCUACGAUCAGUAUCGCCCCUACGGAUACGACUACAACAGCCCUCCACCAGCCCAGGACCAUCAUCAACAACCACCGUACGGUGCAGCGCCGGAGUCACAGGGCCCGUACACACAGUACCCUCACAACACCGCCAGUGUAGACCAAUACUCGUCUCCGGCACCCGGCUACUCGUACCAGCAAGGGGAGUACGCGUCUCCACCGGCUCAGAAUUAUGGUGGCUACCCAGGCUACGACCAGAGUCAGCGGGGUCAGGGUCAGUCGCCCAUACCACCACAAACCCAGGCUCCUUAUGAUCAAUACAACUCGCCCAUGGGACAGGCGCCGGGUGCAGCCCAAGCAGGACCGUAUCCAGGAGCCCCGACUGACCCCAACAAUCACGAUCCAAAUUCGCAGGAUCGCGGACUCUUGGGCGCCGUCGCCGGAGGCGCUCUAGGAGCCUAUGGUGGGCAUAAGGUGAACCACGGCUUCCUGGGCGCCAUUGCCGGUGCCAUCACUGGCUCGGUGGCCGAGGAUGCGCUGAAGAAGCAUAAAAAGAAAGACAAGAAACAACGGCCGGUCGGCAUGCGUCGAGGCUCUUCGUCCUCAUCUUCGUCGUCCUCUUCCAGCAGCUCGUCGGAUGAUGAGAAGAAAAAGAAGAAGAGUAAGCAGCCACCACCACCGCCCCAGCACAUGCGGGGCAAUUUCUCAUCUUCUUCGCAGAGCAUUACGCUCGAUAGGGACUACGACUUGAUCGCCAUGUGCGCCAACACUCGGGGAGAGCAUAAACUCUCGUCGAUAUCGCUUAACAACUGUCUCACCAAUACCCACGGUCGCUUUGCUUGGCAUCGCGGCGGCAACUUUGGCGCCAGCGCGCGGAACGUGAGGCUCGUCGAGGACGGCAGAGUGCUCCAGGCCGAACUGGGCACAGGCGAUGGUGGCUGGAAUACCGAUCGGGUACGAUUGGAUGAACGGAUUGGGAACGAUGAUGGCGAACUGGUGUUUUUGGAUCCAUAG